GUUUGUUCUUGAAAGUUAAACAAGGACAGAGGACGCUCAUAGCGCUAAAUAACAUCUCCCCGGAAACAACCAUACCCAUACAGCACAAAUCUUCAAAAGACGUCUUAAAGAUAUUCUAAGCACAUUAUACAUCUUAAAAAUAUCCUAGAACAUUCUCUGAAGAUUUUGUACUAUCUAGUCACAUAGCUUUCAUCAUGGAUACAUUUCUUCUAAAUACAUCAAUAUGCAAUAAAUGCUUCACCUUGAAAUACAGAGGGAAACAGCCGUAUCUCUUGACACAAUGUGCUCAUAUUUAUUGUCAGGAUUGCUGGCAAAAAGCCGAGAAGCACUGCACCCUGUGCGGAAACAACGAUGUCUUAACCGUGGAACUGGGUGAGCAGUUGCCGCCCAAAGUGAAACCGUUAUUCGAGCCGCUCGCUGAAACUCUCAAGACAUGUUUCUUCGACAUAUUGCGUGUCGACGAGUUUCGAAACAAUCAGUUGAAAAUAGUUAUGCACUAUCUUAUCGAACUUGAGAAGAAGUACAACGUCAUAAAGAACCGGCACUGGACUAUGGCACAGGAUAUGAAAAUGCUGACGAUAAAAUAUAUGCGUCUAAAGAAGGAUGCGUUCGAGAAGGAUAAACUUGAGAAGCUGUCCGCUCAAAUCCAACAGAAUUCCUCGCGUCGCGAGUCCAGCACGAUACAGACACCACUAAAUUCUAGAAUUUUUAUUCAUCCAUCUAGCUCUGGAUAUUCCUCGGAAUCGAUGGGAAUGCAAUCCGUCGGUAUAAUGCCUGUAUCAAUAGAUCCCAAGAAACAGCGCAAAAUCAUCAACGAUUUUCGAGUACCUAACAAACGUAAAGAUAUCCAUGAGUCCAUGAUGUCUAUGAAUUCCUACGAUACAGAUUUAAGCUCAAAAAUUCUUUUUAGAAGAUAAAAAUUUUUUUUCCUCGUUCUUUUCUUUUAGGUUUGCAUUCCAAAACAUCCUUUCCAAAGAAAAUUUUACUUUUAAGUCUAUAAUGUAUGUAACAUGAACUAUAGAUUUAAAAGUAAAAUUUUCCUCGAAAAAAAUGUUUUGGAAUGCAACUUGAUUAUAAAUCCAUGUUAUCGAAUUUAAAUGACGUAUCGUACAAUUUAUGUUAUAUACGAAUAAUAUUUACCCAUACAAUAUAAGGUCUUCUGGAGACGUCCCAGAGAUGUCCUGAAGACCUAGAAACGUCUCCAGGACAUACUCUGGACGUCUCCUGGGCAUCUGUACUGUUAGGACAUAUAAGAUAAUUUUUUUUUCGAAAUUAAUUAAUUAGAGUUUAUUUGAGAUUUGUAUCGUACAGACGAACAGAAAACGUAUUUAUCUGUUACAAGAAGUAUCCCAAACAAAACAUAUCUCCCCAAGAUAUCCUAAAGACAUUCUGAGAACGUUUACGUCCUGAGAACAUCUCCUACAAAUCUUGUGCUAUCUGAAGUUAAUUUUUACAUGGCACAUGUUGUUUAUUAUUAUUUCCUCAAAAUAUGCUAUAAAUUAUUUAUUUCAAAAUGUUUUAAUAUCCAUCAAUAAAAUAAAAAAUUAACUAAUGUAAAAUA